AUGAACUCUGCUUCUGUUAUGGACGCGUCUGCGCCUGUUCUCUCUCCUGGUGUAGGGUAUGCAACUGUCUUGGGUAUGGGUAUGGGCUUUGCGGGGCUGAUGCUGCUCAUCACCAAAUUAACUGAUCGUUAUACUGAGCACCAUGCUGGUGGAUCGUUGGAAGAAUUCAUUUCGGCAAGCCGCUCGUUGAAGCCAGGUCUCAUCGCUUCAGGGAUUGUUUCUGCAGCAACGUGGGCUGCUACACUCCUGCAAUCAUCCACGUGGUAUGCGGCUGGUUCGUCAACGCAGAUUAUGGCAUUCGCCCAGAAUGCUAUUCAGUUGAAAAGAAACGUGCCUGGAGCUCAUACCUUUCUUGAAGUAAUUGCUGUGCGAUGGGGGGACGCCCGCACAUUUCAGUUUUAUGUUUUUUUUGGAUUAGGAACCAACAUUAUUCUAAUGGCGCAAUUCAUUACUGGUGGAAGUAAUACCGUCAACACACUCACGAGUAUGAAUACGAUCGCUGCAUGUUUUCUUAUACCUGUAGGCGUCGUAGUCUAUACAUUAGUCAGUGGUCUUCGAGCUACUUUCUUCUCGGACCACCUGCACACCACUCUGAUCUUCGCAAUCAUACUGGCCUUCGGAUUUUCAGCCUUCGCUACGAAUGAGUACUUGGGUCCCCUUCGAAAGUAUGGUAUGGUCUUCGGCAUUGUCGUAAUGGUUUUUGGAUUUGGUAUAACUGUUUACCUGGAUCAGACCUAUUGGCAACGAGCUGUAGCUAGCAAGGGGAGCACUUUCGUCGAGGGUUAUAUCUUGGGAAGCUUUUCCUUUCUCCCUGUUCCCUACGUAUUCGCUACUGCAGCGGGUCUUGCCAUCGUAGCCCUUUCUGCCGAUUCCACGUCGCCAUACGCUCCAUUAAGUGCCGCACAAUAUAGUCUGGCAGCACCAGCUGCUGCUACAGCACUGUUAGGGAGAUCUGGUGCCAUCUUGCCGCUGAUUGUUCUCUUUUUAGCCGUGACUUCAGCAGCAUCAGCUGAACUCGUCGCAGUUUCGGCUAUCAUUACUUAUGAUAUCUACAAGCGUUGUAUCCACCCCGCCGCCACUGACAAGCAGAUCCUCUGGGUAUCUCAUGUCGGUGUCGUUGGUUUCGGUAUUUUCAUGGGUAUACUGGGGGUCAUUUUCUAUGAAAUUGGCAUCUCUCUUUCAUGGCUAUGUGAGUAUUCCAGACAUUAUACUCUACAAUUACUCAUUAUCUUUACUUUUCAGACGGAUUCACGGGCGUUUUUGCCUUUUCUAGCGCGCCACGCCAAUAGAUGGGGUUGCCUUGCUGGUUUGUGGAUUGGUUUCUCAUGUGGUAUUGCUGCGUGGUUGGCCACCGCUGCAGGUUAUGAGGACGUAAUCGAUGUUACAACCACUGGGGGAACCUACGAGCAACUGGCCGAAAACGCAGGGUCUUUCUUCAUGGCUGCAAUCAUUUCAAGCAUCGUUUCACAUGUGUGGCCCGAGAACUUCGACUUUGAUAUUACCCGAAGGAUGAACACUUUUCAGCCGGAGGACACCGACGCCGAAGGCCACGUUGAUGCGGUAGAAACAGACUCUGCGCACGAGACGAGAAUCGAUACCAAUGUCAGCGAGGUCGACAUGGAGAAGGGUGUACAUGUCCACAACGAUGCUUCCGAUGAUGAUAUGUACAAAGACUUUAUUUUCUCAAAGGCCAGCUUCACAUGGUGGAUUGUUCUUGCGUUCUUAUGGACAUUCGUAGCGUCCUUCAUUGUCAUUAUCUACCCUAUUUGGGAGUCUCGACAUGCGUUAUGGGAGAUAAUGCGAGGCAUGAUGACAGAUAUGUCUGGCAAACGCAAAGGUAUCAGAUGA